CAACACUCGAUUCCGCGCGACAACCAAUCCUUUGCGGGGGACCUCUUGACCGCCCAACAUGUGGAAGCCAUCCGUACUACUCGCCGCUGCGCUGGCGCUCCCGACACAGGCGCUCUACUUCUACAUGAAUGGCGCCUCGCUCAAGUGCUUCUACGAGGAAUUGCCCAAGGACACCCUGGUUGUUGGCCAUUACCACGCCGAGGUCUGGGACGAUCAGGCCAAAGACUAUCACGACAAGCCCGAUGUUGGCGUCUUUGUCACCGUCGAGGAGACAUUCGACGACAACCACCGCAUCGUUGCGCAAAGAGGCGCUGCCCAAGGCCGCUUUACAUUUAGCGCUGCCGACAGCGGACAGCACAGGAUCUGCAUUGCCCCUCAGAAUGUCCCCGGUGGAAUCGGCUGGCUGAGCACUGGUAAAGCUGGCAAUGUCAGGUUUACCCUGGACAUGGCGAUUGGAGAGACGAGCAAGAUUGAGAGCGCAGACAAGGAGAAGGUCGAGACGCUGGUGCAGAAGGUCAAGGACUUGAACGCGCGACUGCACGAUGUCAGGAGAGAACAGGUCUUCCAGAGAGAGCGCGAGGCCGAAUUCCGUGACCAGUCGGAACAUACAAAUUCCCGCGUCGUUCGCUGGUCACUGAUCCAGCUUGUUAUUCUCGCCGUUACCUGCGUCUGGCAAUUGUCGCAUCUGCGCUCCUUCUUCAUCAAGCAGAAGCUUACUUAGAAUCUUCCACAAGGCGCGGUGUUGUAUGCGCGCAGCAGUAGGGCGAGGCGGACGAAGCGGACGAGGCAGGCAAGGCAGGCAAGGCAGGCAAGGCAAAACUCAUGCGAUACCGGGUCGGUAGCGUUAUUGUAUUGUACGGCAGGACACGGCGUUGAACACGGGAUUGUUGGGGUUAGCGUUGGAUAUUUGAACAAAGUGUGGGGGUGUCAUAUCCUAGACCGAUGUUGUAGCUUUUCACCGUCUUUGAUGUGAGAAGCAGACUACUGUUUUAUGCAGGGACCCGAGUGGUAGACUCGAGAAAU